CACUCUACCAGAAAAGAGUAAACGGAUGUAAAGCUGGCUAUAAGCUCCAUGAUGAACAUGUGUUGGUUUUUGCUGACAGAGCAUUUACAGUAGGCUGUUGGCCCAGUGGGUGUAAGGCUACAACUGGAGGGAACGCCCAAGUUAUGUGCGCUGAGUUGUGCGUAAAGUUGGGGAUUCCCUCAGCAGAACCAGAUCUCACAGUGCCAAGGAAGAAGAAGAGGAGGAAGAGGAGGAAGAAGAAGAUAUCCAGUCCAAGACAGGAAGAGAAAAGAGUAAAUGGUAAAUGUUUCAGUCCACGUUUUUCCAUCCACCAUAUUUACGCACAGAGCUGAGCUGAGGCUGUUUUCCGGUGACGGGCUCAUUCGGCUCCGUGCUGUGUCACUGCAACAUGUCAAACACCCGGGGGCAGCACCACUCUCUGUCAGGAGCCUGUUCAACCUGUGGCAGAUAAUUCAUCACCUCCGUAUCUGGCUUCUCCUCUUCAUCGACGCAUCAGCGGCUCAGGGGAGGCGCGAUCCGGCUCAGGGGUGAACUCCAACACACACAAAAAAAAAAGAAGUGUGAUCACAGUCCCGCCUUCCUCCGACAACAACCGAAACAGGAAACUUGUGCUUCACCGAUGCAUCACUUGACACUUGCGCAGGUUGUUCCCCCUGAUCCACGUUUGCGCCACCGAAGCUUCAGCCGCGCGUCUCCGCCGCUGCGCCCGAACCCAGAGGAGCCGUGAGCAGAACCCGUCACACAGAUGAGCUCCUUUUACGACGAGAAAGACCUGGAGGAAGAGCUCAGUCGAGUCCACUACCCCGAUGACGACCUGGAGUUUGAGUACUUGUUUGAAUAUGAGCCGCCCGGCAGCGACUUCGCUGGAGGACAUGCAGAUGACCCCAACCUUGCAUCCCACAAAGUCCUCAGCCCGGAGUCGGAGCAGGCGUUCCCCCUGGAGGAGGCCUCCCCGUACGGCAUCAAGUCCUGCAGCCCCCCCUACGGCGGGCACCACACUGAGGUUCUCUCAGGUUAUGACAACCAGGAGGCCAGAAACUACCUGGACAGUACCCGGCCCGCAGGCCUGGCGCUGAGCCCGCGGAUUGAAAUCACACCCUCCCGUGAGCACUACAACCAUGGUCGGGACUCCCUGCAGAACCACCACCUGAACAUUAGCCCCAGACCCACCCUGACCGUCCCCGGCCAUGAGAACCUCGCCUACCGCGAGCCCCUGUGCCUGAGUCCCGCCAGCAGCAACUCCUCCGCCAGCUGGCAUUCGGAGAACUACUCCCCCUGGACGUCCCCUUGUGUGUCCCCUGGCAGCGGCCAGAACCCCGGAGACCUCUGCCCCCGAUUGCAGAACAUCCACACUGGCUCCCCACGCACCUCCCCGGGCACCUCUCCUCGCACCAGCCUAGUCGAGGACGGCCUGGGACAGCGCUCGCCCUCCUCCAGACCUGGCUCCCGCUCCACCUCCCCACAGGGCAAACGCACCUACGACAUGUACAGGAAUCCAGGCCUGGUCCCUGGACAUCGCUCCCGCAGUCCCUCCCCCCACAGCGGCCAUGAAGAUCACAACAUCAGUGCCCACUACACACACAGCAGCCUCGUCGAUGCCAUGAACGGCUUCGGUCAGCCAGGCCUGGUGCCCACUAAGAUAGUCAAGACGUCCAACCAGGUGUACGCCCUGUACCCAGAGAACCACCUGGAAGGGAACUUCUUGGUUUCCUGCGAUCAGGACAUAAAGAAACCUGCUGCAGAGCCUUUCUUUGUCAUCCCCCCAAUCUGGUCCAAGCCGCUGGUUUCCAGCAUCUGCAGCAUCCCUGUGGCCUCCCUCCCUCCGCUGGAAUGGCCGAUGCCCAGACGCACCGACCAGUAUGAGCUGCACAUCGACGUGCAGCCCAAGCCGCACCACAGAGCCCACUACGAGACGGAGGGAAGCCGGGGGGCGGUGAAGGCCCCGACAGGAGGACAUCCGGUUGUGCAGCUUCAUGGUUACAGAGGGAAGGAGCCUCUCGCCCUGCAGAUCUUCAUCGGCACAGCGGACGAUCGCAUCCUCAAGCCUCACGCCUUUUACCAAGUUCACCGCAUCACCGGCAAGACUGUGACGACCACGAGCUUUGAGAAGAUUAUCAACGGCACCAAAGUCCUGGAGAUCCCCCUGGAGCCAAAGAACAACAUGAAAGCAAUAAUCGACUGUGCCGGGAUCCUGAAGCUCAGGAACGCCGACAUCGAGCUGAGGAAGGGCGAGACGGACGUGGGCCGGAAAAACACCCGAGUCCGUCUUGUGUUCCGUGUGCACAUACCUCAGCCCGGAGGACAGCACGUCUCCCUGCAAGUGGCCUCGCAUCCCAUUGAGUGCUCUCAGCGUUCAGCGCACGAGCUUCCCAUGGUGGAGAAGCAGGACAUGGACAGCUGCUCCGUGCUCGGCGGCCAGCAGAUGAUCCUGACUGGGCAGAACUUCAGCUCCGAUUCCAAGGUCAUUUUUACGGAGAAGACUCAGGAUGGGCAGCAAAUUUGGGAAAUGGAAGCAACAGUGGACAAAGAUAAAAGCCAGCCUAGCAUGCUGUUUGUGGAGCUGCCGUCGUACCGGGACACGUCCGCCUGCCACUCGGUCAAAGUGAACUUCUACGUCAUCAACGGCAAGAGGAAGCGCAGCCAGCCUCAGCACUUCACCUUCACUCCUCUGGCCUCUCCAUCCAUCAAGACAGAGCCUCUAGAUGAGUAUGAAGUCGACCACAUGGGCUUCGCCGUGCCUCAGAUCUUGGGCCUGUCCCCUCAUCCCUACUACCACACCCCUCGUGGCGUCCUCCACCCGGACAACGGGCUGGUGUCCAGCAUGGCCUCCUGCCAGCGCCUCAGCUCCAGCCUCCCGAGCCAGGACGCUCGUUUCCAGCAGCAGAGCCCGGCCAUCGUCUACUCCCGCGGGGGCAAGAGUCUCAGCGGCAGCCAGACUCUUUAUCAGCAGACCGGAGGGAUGAUGCCCGACCCGCACCGGUCCGUCCUGGUCCACACCGGCUCCCCGGCUCAGUCUGUAGGUCCCAUCGGUGCAGGCCAGCACCCCUCCAUCAUCCAGUUUUCCCCCACCAACCACCACCUGCUCCGGGGGGGAGACCCUCAGCCUCUCAGCGCUCCGCAGCCCGACUCCCAGCAGAUCAUCUACUGCGACGGCUACUCCCCUCGGUCGGCCAGCGACCACUCACCCACACCCCCCCAGGCUCAGGCCGACGCCACCCACCCUCAGCACUAUCCCACCGUCAUCCAGCAGCAGCCCUACAUGCAGAAGGCGCCGCAGAAAAUCCGGGCUCCCCCCGGCGCCGGGGAGAUGGAGGCUCCGGGCGACGGCCAGAGGAGGGUGACGGUCAAAGAGGAGAACCUGGACCAGGCCUACCUAGAUGAUGGUGAGUUGAACGAGAUCAUAAGGAAGGAUCUGACGGGCGUUCAGGCCAGAGGGCAGACAUAGAGACACAGAGAGAGAGGCCAGAGUCCAGCAGCAGGAGAUGACGACAACACAUCCCCCGACACACACACACACACACACACACACACACACACACACACACACACACACACACACACACACACACACACACACACACACACACACACACCAAUUAGACCCUUUCUCCCUCGUGUCUUUACCCACAGACGGAGAAACCUCAGCUCUGAGUGUUUCCUGCAGGUUUCCAAACCCCCUCAGUGACAAACACACGGCUGAAUGUGCCUUAUUCUGUUCGUCUCCUCUCCAGGUUCCACUUUGUUUCACGAAGGAAGAUAAAAAAAUUAAAAAUUAAUAAAUCCCCCGACCAGCAGCAGCAGCCACUGUUCGCCUCUCACUCGUGAAUGAAGCUCAUGCAGCAGUUUCUCUGUAUCGUACCAAAAAGAUCCCCCCCCCCCCAGAUACGACAUAUCAAAUAUUUUUCUCGUGACCAAAAACAUCUUUAAUUCUUCUUUGCACAAAGUGUGUAAUUUGUUUGUUUUUCUUCUUGUGUGUAACUUUGCAGUUUUUACAUGAAGCUGAUCAUCUCAAUCUUUAAGUGCAGUUUUCUGAAAGUGAACCGCGACGCUGCCUUAACCAUAUAAAUCUGUAGUGACGCCCCCAAUAUGCACUGUUUUCAACGAGAGGGGCUCAAUGCUAUUACUUUGUUUUAUAUAAUAUUGAGUCAUGUGAAUAAUGUACCAUUUUAUAUUCCUAAAAUAUAUAUUGCAUUAUAUUCAGGUGACAUUUUCUAAACGAUUUCUAUGCUCCAGUUGUUUCGUGUUUAACAUCAUUUCACAUCUGAAGUUUGUCUCCUGAAAGCUGAAGAUUCAAAGGUGGUUUUCUUUCUCUUUCUUUUUAAUAAUCAACUUGUAUUUGUCUAUUUUAUUCGUAUUUGCUGAUUGUCAUAACAUCUUAAUAUCCAAAGCUUAUGCUGUGUGUGUGCUGUUGUGUAAAUUGUGUGUCGCGUUGGAUUUGCAGUCCACCUUGUAACGUCAGUGUCGUGGAAGUCGAAGUCAUGUAAAGAUUUUAUUUUCUGUCGGCACCACAGCGACGCACAGUCUGGAUUCCCGAUGUGCUUUGUUUAUGAAGAGCAGCAGUUUGAAAAACAUAUUUUUGUAAUAUUUUGUUCUAUUUCACUGAGUGAAUUGGACCUUUUAAAAAGUGCCAAGUGCCCUUUAUAUGAUUAUAAAAGAAAACAAAAGUGAUAUGAAAAAGUACAAAAUAUAAGACUGAAUCUCAAUGUUUAAUAUUUAAUAUGGACCCUAUUUGAUAAUAAGAUUAUAUUUUGUAAUAUUAGCAAAGCUGAUAUUGAUCUGUUGAUGGUAUUUCUCAUUGAGCCAGUACAGCACAAGUGCAUUUGACGUUUCUUGAAUGUAAUCUAUAUAUUAAAUCGGUUUUUUUUUUUGUCCCCUUUUCUGUAAAUAUAUGACACAAAGUGUGAUUGUUAAAGUUUAAGUGGAAUGUUAUGCAUCUUUUAUCUGUUUAUAAUUCAGUCAUCAUAUCUUUCAUAUGUUUUAUUUCAAUGUACAACUCUGUUUUUUGUCUGAAGGGAAUUUGUGAUCUGCGUGACCCUAAACUUGUUAAAGUUUCCCCUAUUUUUGUUCGUGCAUUUGUUAUUAUAAUUAUUAUUAUAAUUUUACAGUCCUUAAAGAAGUCUUUGGCAAUGAAGGGUUUAUUAAAAAUGUCUUAUUUUAUUUUCCGUGUCGAUAGCUUGUCCUGUAUUUGUUUUCAUUUUGAGUCUUACGCGACUUUGUGCCACCUUUUAAAAAGUCUGUCUCAUGCUAUUUUUGUAUCCUUAAAAGUAGAAAUAAAUAAUAACCACAUAUGA